CAUGCCAGGGCUCAAAGUAAAUAUUUUCACCAAUGAAAUCGAUUGGGUUCCAGAGCUUGCGGCACUUCUCUCAUCUCUGUGUGGAAACAAUCCAAAGAGUCAGGUAGUAACAGUGGCAAGUUUCAAAUUCAAGUCAAAGGCAAGCUGAAACAACAUUUGCCAGCUGGUUGGCUGGUUGGCUGGUUGGCUGGGUGGCUGUACCAAGCCAUCCCAUUUUGUAGCUCUGAGUUCAACAGGGCCAAUCUCCGUCUCUUCAUUCUCCAGAAGCAAAUAGCCACCAGCAUGCCCUGCUAGCAGAGUGAGCCCUUCCUUCCCCUUCCUGCUUUUUCCCACGUCACGAGUCGUCUUCUGAACGCCUUGGCGUCUUGCGUCCUACCUCGCCCUCUGCCACCCUUCCAGCGACGUUGACAGUGGGCAUUGGCCACCCCAAAACUUAUUUUCUUCUCGAUCGAAGGCCGAGAAAGACAAAAUUUCAAGGAAGUAACCACGACGUAACUUACUUUACUCCCGAUUGAAUGUCGAGAGGCAAAGUUGUUCGAGGGCGUUGAAUCGUUGGAGACUUCUUUCUGUGGUGGUUUUUUGUUGUUAUUUGGGGGGUCAGUUUGGUGACCCUUAACCAUUAACCCUUGACUUGGGACCCAUUAACCCCGUCGGAGUAAGCAUGUACGCCGGAGUGCCGCAGGGUUCGUCUCGAGGCGGUCUCUCUGAGCCCAACGCGAUGAGUGGCCCGCCGGGGAGUAUCCCCGAUGAGUACAAGCAGAACAAGCUGGACAAGCAGUACCAGCAGAUCGCCAUGCAGUCCAAGAAGAAGCGCCAGGCGCCCAUCCUCAUGCAGCCCAACGACAACAGCCGGCCCAACUCUGGACGCCGGAACCGGGACGAGAGCCAGCCGCUGGUCAACAAAGGAGGCGCCGCGCCCAGGUCAAGGCCGGACCAGUCCAGUUACGUGUAUACCGGCCCCGGUGCUAUGGACGACCCCAUAGGCGGCGGCGAGAACGGGUUCGGCGUGUACGACAGGGGCGGCGACAAGAUGAAGAUCGAGAACGUGACGAUCGACGAGUCGAGGGACUUGAGCGACACAGACAGUGACGACAUCCCCACUAUACCCACAGACAAUGAUCCUGUACCGCCCCCUCGCGGCUCACGUCACGGGGGAGGCGGUCACCGAGGCUCCGCCCUCACGCCGUCUGGCCCCGCCCCCAUGAUAAACGAGGAGGAUGUGGACAACGAGUCUGUGCCCAUGCCGGUGGCGCCGAGCCAGGGUGGAGGGUCAAGGUCGCCCAGCCUGCAGGACGCGCCGCCCGUCAGCACUUUCCAGACUCAGAACAGUCGCAGCGACUCUCCGAGGUUGGAAGAGAUUGGGGACGCGCCCAAGAGGAAGAAAGAGAAGAAAAAGAAGAAGAAGAGGAAAGAGUCAGAAGCCAUCGAGGACGGAGGGGACGAGGACCACCAGCAGGAGAACGAGAGCGACAUGGCGUCGGGUGUGGGGGCGGGGCGACCUCGCUCCUACACGCCAGACGCCUCCGAGCUGGAGGACUUCGUGCUACGCCCCGCCCCCCAGGGCGUGACCAUGAAGUGCCGCAUCACACGCGACAAGAGGGGCGUGGACAGAAACAUCUAUCCCACCUACUUCCUUCACCUGGAGCAGGACAGCGGCAGGAAGGUCUUCUUGUUGGCUGGCAGGAAGCGCAAGAAGAGUGCUACCUCCAAUUACCUCAUCUCCACCGACCCCACAGACUUGACGCGGAACGCAGAGUCUUACUGCGGAAAACUCAGAUCCAACCUCCUUGGUACACAAUUCACGUUGUUUGACCAUGGAGACAACCCCAAGAAAAGUGGACCGCAGGCUGCAAGGCAGGAACUGGUGGCUGCAGCUUAUGAAACAAAUGUAUUAGGAUUCAAAGGCCCUCGCAAAAUGACCAUCAUCAUCCCAGGGAUGACGAGUGAACACCAGAGAGUGAACAUCAAACCUCAGGGGGGUCAUGACGGACUCAUUGAGAGGUGGAAGAGAAAGGACAUGGAAAACCUGCUGGAGCUGCACAACAAAACACCCGUCUGGAAUGAAGAUACACAAUCGUAUGUGCUCAACUUUCACGGGAGGGUAACUCAGGCUUCUGUGAAAAACUUUCAAAUUGUCCAUGAUAAUGAUGUGGACUACAUUGUGAUGCAGUUUGGUCGUGUGGCAGAGGAUGUUUUCACCAUGGACUACAAUUACCCCAUGUGCGCUCUGCAAGCGUUCGGCAUUGCACUUAGCAGCUUUGACGGCAAGCUUGCCUGUGAAUGAUGGCCUGGGUAAAAAGGGAGACGACAGCCUGCUGUGCCAGCGACCAUCAUUAGUUUCAUCCUUGUUCUCAUCAGCUUCAUCAUCAUCUCAUUAGAUUUUUCCAUCAGACACUUCCACAUAAUAGCAUACAUGCAUGUGCAGCCUCAUGCACAAAUGAAAACUUUUCAAAUACUUGCUCUAAUGAACAAAUGCAUUUAAAAACAGCACACACACACUCUUCGUCAUGAACACUGUUAUAUACACACACUAACACACACGCUCACACACACACACACACACACACACAGACAAACACACAGACACACAAACACACACACACACACACACACACACACUCACACACACACACAUGUACGCCGACAAGCACACAUUGAUAUGCAUACAAUGCACACACAAAGUCUUCUUUUUCCUCCUUUUUACUGGUCCUUACCGUCUUCUAUCAGACUGUCUAUAUAUAUACAUUGCUGCGUGUGUGCUGUAAGGAACUUGGAGGUUGCUUUAUUUUCUUUUCAAUGUAAUUAUGGAUUUUUUAUAUGACAAGUAUGGUCAAAUUCACACAACCCUCUCUUAACAAAAAAGGAAAAUGAAUUUACAUCAAUAACUACCACAAACUAAAGAAAGGAAAGUAAGUCAUGUUUAUCAACAGAAAUUAAACUGUGAUCUGUCGGGGUGAUAUGAAUCCAUCGUAGUCUUGUUCAGUAUGAGUCCCAUCUGUACACAGCCUUUUUAUGUAGUGCUAUCUAAAAAUGUAUUACACUUUCAGAGAGGAGUAGUGUAGCUGUCAUUGUAACUUUAUGUUUCUAUAUCAGUCUUUUAUGGACUUUUUUUUCAAUUACAAGUGUUGUUUGCUAACUGUGCUUCAUUGUGGACAAAUUAUUUUUUAUUUUUUGUCGAGUUUUAUAACUGCUGUGAACAACACAUUGACCAUGGUUUCUUUGUCAAAGGGUCUUGCAGAAAGAACAGCUUUUUGUUACUAUGAGUUCCAAGUUUGCAUUGUCUUGUUUAUUGAUAUAUGGGUUGUGAUGAUUAUUUUUGGUCUUUUUUGUGUGCUUUUAUGAUGGGAGUUGGGAAAGAAGGUGGAGGGGGGGGGGGGAUUAGAACAGAUUAUUCUUGAAAGAAUAUUUUCAUGCCUGUCAUGAACAUAUAAGUUGGAAGAAACAGCCUUUUUAUCUGUGUUUGCGAUGCUAAUGAAAUCCUAUUGUGGUUCAAAGAAUCUUUUGUUUAGAAUAAUAUGCAAAGCUGGGGCAAGUGUUUUCAUUCCACUUGAAGCAGGGCCAUUUUCACAUUUCUGAUCUUUGUUCUUUACAAACUCUCCCUGUUGGUGGCCAUACCAGAAAGACAUUCCAGUGUUAUAACUUGUACUUAUAAAAGCUUACUUUUUUUGUCACUGUCUAUAAACUUGUGCAAUUUUUCAACUUUGAGUGAUAUGCCUGUCCACUCUGUCCUUCCAUGGCAUAAUGUACCAGCACAUCCAUGUUGUACCUGAUGUUGGCAGGGGUUGUACACUGUCACCUGCUUAUUUUGUGGGAGCAGAAUCAGCUUCGUUUGCUGUUGGGGCUCUGUAAUCUGGGCUCAGGGUUCUCUCUUGUGUGCGAGGGGCUCUCGUGCCCAUGUUUGGGGCUCUCUUUAUUGUGGGCUCGGGGCUCUUUCUAGUGUAGAUUGGGUCUCUACAUUUCAGCAUGUCGAACAAGAUUUUCCAGCUCAUGAGCCCCUCCGAUAUUGGUCGAAUCGCGUGAGCUGUGUUUUUCUUUUUGUUCCAUCACCUUUAUUAACUUCUGAUCCACACAUGUUGUACCUUUAUGCUAGUAUCUGACCUGAUAUAUUCCUGCUGAUGGUAAAUAUACCCACUUCCUGCCUCCGCCUGAUGCCGCAAGCCUCAACUUCCUAUGGCCAGAUUUUGCAAGCGAAUGCAUAGUGUGCGAGCUAGCAAUGACUGGAAUGUAGACUUUCUGCCUUUUUCUGAGGAGAUGGUAAAAGAUACCAAUACCGGUACUGUAACUUGGUAAAGUGUUGAAUCAAGUUGUUUGUCCUCAAAAGCAGCCUUUUGAAUAGAUGCAGUUUUUUUACUGUCAGUGUGCAGCAGGAUAAUCAGUCUGUAGACUGUUGGAGCUUCUCUGAUUUACAGUGCUAUGAUCAUUCUCUCUUUGUUUGUGUAAAUGCUAGGGCCAUGGUACUUCAAGUUCUAACAAUGGCAGCAUAAUGCUUGUACAUGCUGAUCGAUGUUGGAUCCGUAGUUAUUCCCCUUAUUGUGGGAUCUCUGUAUUUAUUGACAUUUGUCCAUUUCCCCUGGCAUAUUUAUUAAUUUCGUCUUAAAAAGUACUACUUAUGUUGUAUUGGUGCACAUGUGUUAAGACAAAGAAAGAUUUUUUUUGGAAAUUUAUAUAUGAAAGGAAAAGUACCAAAAAUGGCAAAGCGUAUUUAAAUUUGAUAUUUGUCAUAAAAUAAUUCAUAUGAUCUUACGUCCAAAAUAACUUAAUAUCUUAACUUUGUUCUUUUCAAAUUACUAUAGCAAAAAAAAUAAUUAAACCAUCUUUUUUUUUCCCGAAUCAUGUGGAAAAUAUUGCUGACCUUGACAGUUUACUGUGCAGCAUGCCUUCUUUUUUGAGGAGGGGGGGAUACAGAAUAUAAAGGUGAAAGUACUGAAAAAUUACUGGCCCGCAAGUUCACUUUAGAAUACAUUUUUUAGUUUUAUGUCUUUUUGCAAAGUGAACUUUUUGGGGGGUUUCAACUCUUUUUGAGUUAAUUGCAGUGGUAUAUAAAGCUACUUAGACUGUUCAACCUAUACUAAAAUGCCAAAAUAUGGUUCGUCUGUAGUAUUUACUUCUACCACUUUUAAAGCUAUAUCAUAUAGCUCAGGCUAAUGUGAAAAUUUUAUUGUUGUUAAUACUGAACAAAAUGCUUUGCUGCCUAUUUAUUUAGGGCCUACACUGUAUUUUAAAAAAUUUCACUGAAAUCUUGGAGGACGGUUUUCUCUGAUGUGACCAUCAUGAGUAAUGCUUCCUUUCGUCUACAGUACCACAUUUUGCAAUUUAACUGUACAUCAUUUUACUUCAUACUACGUGGGCACACAUGUUAUGACAAACACAGCAGUCUAUUAUCUAGGCAAGGCAGUCUUAUCGGAUAAAAGAACCUGAAGCAUUAUAAACUUUCUUGUUCACUGUCAGUGUUCAUAUAACUUGUUAUUUUGCCUUCUGUGGUUAGACCUUUGUGAAGAGAGGCCCCGCUAGAUUCUCACUUACCGAACCUUGCUUUAUUUUCUUGUGGACAGGCUGGUACUAAAAGAGAGAUGAUGUCUUUAAAUUCAAUAGCGAUAAUCUUAAAUAGCUCUGUCUUGAAAGAUCUUUAUUUCAUUCUGUCUUCUUGGUAUUUGAUUCACAUUCUAGUACUGCGGCUCGACACCUUACUCUGUUGAAAAGAGACAUUUUGGAAAGUUUUAAAGAAUGUCACCAAGACGAAGUCUGUUGACUGUGUUGUGAUUCCAAACCAUUUACAAUAUGCCAUUUCUUAAGGUUGUUUAUGCUCUGUGUCAU